GGGCAAAAUAAAAGGACGAAUUUACGUACACUAUAAAUCUCGAAAUACCAGCGAAGUGAUCAGCAACAGCAACUCCCUCUGGUGUUUAGGGCUUCUGUUUCACUCCAAAUCCCAAAGAAAUUUCGAGGUUCGUUUAGGGAGUCCAUGGCUUCAAAGGUAUCUUCGUUGCAAAAGGUGGUUCAGGCAUCGAACUUUCUAGUCAAGAAUGGAAAUAUCUAUUACAAGCAGUUUGUAGAGCAGAACAAACACCAUAUCCAGGAGCCACCCACCAUUGAGAAAUGUCAAACAUUAGCAAAACAACUGUUCUAUACUCGUCUUGCCAGCAUUCCGGGUCGUUAUGAAGCAUUCUGGAAGGAAGCUGACUCUCUCAAGAAUGCACUAAUAAACAGGCAGGAACUGAAUGUGGAGAAUGCUGGUCUUGCUGCUCUGUUUGGACUUGAGUGCUAUGCCUGGUUCUGCGGUGGUGAGAUUAUAGGGAGAGGUUUCACAUUUACAGGCUACUAUGUUUGAAUGGCACUUCUUUAGGAAAAUAUCUAUUUGUUUUAGCUUUUGGAGAUUAGUACAUCCAAGUGGCCUGAGUCACCAUUCUGACUUUACAUGAAAAAAUUUUGUUUUCUGA